UGAAGAUGCUUCUGGACAAUGCUUAAGCCUAGUCCCAGGGAGUAUGCCAACAAGGUGGAUGCCAGUAAAAUCAAUCGUAACUCACAAAACCACUAGACCUGAACCUACUUUACGGGAACCCCCAGUUGUACCAGUUCGGAUUUGCUACACCAACCUUACAGAUAUGAAAAAGGAUUUGACUCGUCUGCCUCCUCAUUGGAUUAUUAUGAAGAAUUCUGAAGAUACUUUAGUGCUUGGGCUGUUGUCAAGUAAAACUGAAGAGUUAUAUAUCAAGGUCAGCUUUUCAACAACAACAGAGCUGCAGGCAAAUGUGAUUGUGCUUCAAAUGCCUGCUCCAUGGCUUUCAAGAGACCUUGAGAUGGUUAGACUACAUGUGUUUUUGAAGGAACUGGGUGAAAAGACUGUAUGUAGUGGCAUCACUGAAGCUGACCUACAAUCAUUAGCUUCAACUAAAAUCACAGAUAAAAAUUAUUUGCGACACAUUACAUAUGCCUGUGAAAAUGAUAAGCUGUGUUCAUUUUCAUGUGUAAGGGCAACAUCUUGCCUUUUAUUGUUAAACACUGGUGAACUAACAUGCAGAGAGUGUGUGUUGCGUAGGAGGGCACUACAGGCACAAAAGAGUAGGCAAGAAAUUCGUUGCCAAGAAGCCCUCAAAUCAAAUGAUCCCCUGUGUCGUAUUCCUUAUAAGAAACUAAAAGAAGAGUUCAAUUAAGUCCUCAAAGAGAAGACUAGGCUAGAGAAAUAUGUGGCUUUGUUCCAAAAACACGAAGAAGCAAAUCUAGCAAAAAUCUAGGUCUAUCACACGAAACAGCCUCAAGAAAAGCAGCAGACAGAACCAGAUGGAGGUCCUUUGCUGUCACCUCACGUGCCAGAUGACACAAACAGGACUGAUUGAUAAUGGCUUUUUAAUAUAAAAAGUGUAUGGGGGACUGAGGAUAAGAUUUUUAGCUUGAGAGAGUGCCCCUCACACGUUUACAUUUUAAGUUAUAUGCAUUAAAGAAAAUCCCGAAACCUAGGGAAAAAUAAUUUCCCUCUUUUUGUACCUUUUAAAUAAAUCUGUGCAUUUGUUAAAUUUAUAUUUACUUUAUUAGAUUCCGAAAAUUCAUUGUCAGGAACGAUGCCAGUUUCACGAGUAGUAUCCCCUUUACUUGAUUGUUGUGUAGCUGAGAUCCGGGGCCUUUUCUAUUUUUAGUUUUGCCUUUUGUUGUGACAGUAAUAUUGUCUUGUUUUUAUCACACAAGUUGUUUGGAGUAAACACAGUG